CUCACAGAGAGUCACAGAGUUGCUGGAUCCCUUCCACACAAGCAGUUGCUGAAAGCUCAAACCUUUUUCCAUCUCAUUUUUCAAUAUUGUCUUUGUCCGCACGCCGCAUGAGUGCAUUCAGCAUUUUGAAGAUGAACAUUUGUCCUCUUAUCCAAAAACUCCAAACUCUAUUCGAAUCUGCUGUAAAGUAUUAAUGCGAAUACAAAGCUGGGGUAUCCCAAAGGAGUUAUCCCCAUUUGAAGUUCCAACCUGAGAUUUCCUCGUGUAUUAUAUGUUAUUUUUCCUUCUGUUUGUAUAGACCAUGGAACUUUGUGACAGAACUUAAACCUCAAUCGUGAUUUCGGAGUACAACUACUACUACGACGACGAAAGUCAAACGAAAAUGAAAGCCAAGCACAAUCUUCGCCACGCGGUAGACCUCUUGUACUCUCGUGGGUCUGCAACUUCUGAGGCGUACACUCGUCUCCUGCUCGAAUGCGUCCGAGCCAACGAAGUUGACCAAGCCAAGCGACUGCAAAACCACAUGGAGCUUCACUUCUUCCAACCGGACAGCGCUUUCAUUCAAAAUCGUCUUCUUCAUUUGUAUGCAAAAUCUGGGAAACUUUUGGAUGCUCGAAACCUGUUCGACAGAAUGCUUAAAAGGGACGUUUUCUCUUGGAAUGCUAUGCUAUCUGCGUAUGCGAAGACGGGUUCAGUCGAGGAUUUGCGGGCGACUUUUGGUCAGAUGCCUUUCUGUGAUUCAGUUUCGUAUAAUACGAUGAUUGCAGGUUUUGCUGGAAAUGAGUGUUCCAGCGAGGCCUUGGAGAUGUUUGUGAGAAUGCAGGAAGAAGGCUUUGAACCUACGGAGUAUACCCAUGUCAGCGCAUUGCAUGCAUGCUCGCAGUUAUUGGAUUUGAGGCGUGGGAAACAGAUUCAUGGGAGGAUUAUUGUCGGUAAUUUGUGUGGGAAUGUUUUUAUUUGGAAUGCUUUGAUAGAUAUAUAUGCCAAAUGCGGUGACAUAGAUCGCGCAAGAUGUUUGUUUGAUCGAAUGGUUAACAGGAAUGUGGUUUCCUGGAAUUCGAUUAUCUCUGGGUAUGUGAAAAAUGGCCAGCCUGAGAAAUGCAUAGAGUUAUUCCAUGAAAUGAAGUUAUGGGAUUUGAAGCCUGACCAAGUUACGAUUUCAAAUGUUCUCGGAGCUUACUUUCAAUGUGGAUAUGUAGAUGAAGCUAGUAAGAUAUUUAGCGAGAUCAAGGAGAAGGAUAAGAUCUGUUGGACUACAAUGAUAGUAGGUUAUACACAAAACGGGAGAGAAGAGGAUGCUUUGAUGUUGUUUGGCACGAUGCUACUAGCAAAUGUCAGACCUGAUAGUUUUACUAUUUCAAGUGUGGUUAGUUCCUGCGCGAAAUUAGCUUCUUUGUAUAAUGGCCAGGCUGUUCAUGGAAAAACAGUUCAUAUGGGAGUUGAUGAUGGUUUGCUUGUGUCUAGUGCCCUUGUCGAUAUGUAUUGCAAGUGCGGAGUCACUUCAGAUGCUUGGAUGGUUUUCAAAACAAUGCCAACUUUGAAUGUGGUUUCCUGGAAUGCGAUGAUUGGAGGUUAUGCACAGAAUGGACAGCAUCAAGAGGCCUUGGCCCUCUAUGAGAAAAUGUUGCAAGAAAACUUGAAACCUGAUAAUGUUACUUUUAUAGGUGUUUUAUCUGCUUGUGUCCACGCUAGUUUGAUUGAACAAGGACAUGAAUAUUUCGAUUCAAUAAGCAAACAGCAUGGUAUGAUACCUACUUUGGAUCAUUAUGCAUGCAUGAUCAAUCUCCUUGGUCGUUCAGGUUACAUGGACAAAGCAGUAGAUCUUAUUGAAGGUAUGCCCCAUGAACCAAAUUGUCUAAUCUGGUCUACCCUUCUAUCUGUUAGUGCAAUCAAGGGUGACAUCAAACAAGCAGAGAUGGCAGCUAGGAAUCUCUUUGAAUUGGAUCCGCUCAAUGCUGGACCUUACAUCAUGCUUUCCAACAUAUAUGCUACUUGUGGAAGAUGGAAAGAUGUGGCAUCCAUGAGAACUCUCAUGAAGAACAAGAAUGUCAAAAAAUUUGCUGCUUACAGUUGGAUUGAGAUUGAUAACAGAGUACACAAAUUUGUUUCAGAAGAUCGGACUCAUCCGGAAACUGAAAAAAUUUAUGAAGAACUAAACAGACUGAUUAGGGAACUCCAUAAAGUUGGCUUUGCUCCUAACACAAACUUGGUUCUUCAUGAUGUGGGGGAAAAGGAAAAGUAUGAAUCUAUCUGUUACCACAGCGAGAAACUUGCUCUUGCAUAUGGGUUAAUUCGAAAACCUCAUGGAGGCACACCCUUAAGGAUUAUAAAAAAUAUUCGGGUUUGUGGAGAUUGCCAUGUGUUUAUGAAGUUUGUAUCCAAAAUAAUUGGACGACCAAUUAUCUUGAGAGAUUCAAACAGAUAUCAUCAUUUCAUUGAAGGGAAGUGCUCUUGCAAGGACUAUUGGUAAUGAAGCGUGGAAAAUUUGCUGAUCUUGAAACGAAACACUGCAGCCAGGAUGAAUAUAAAACAGGAGCAAGGCACUGCUACUGGGAAAUUCUUGAAAGAGGCUGUAGAGAAAGGAACGAGGGUGUUUUUGCAAGCACUGCUGGAAAACACUCUAUAAGGUUAGAAUAGGUACCAUAAGCAAGUGUUCAUUCUCGCUUUAUAGUGAGGGCAACCAAUGAUUGAUGAGCUUUACUGAUCUUGGUGCAACUAGUCAAAUUUAUCUGAAAUUUUUUUCAUGUAAAGCUCACCGUUCUUUUUCUGAUCGGAUUUCUGGGGCUUUAAUAUCAAUUUAGGUGUUCACAACUCAUCAUUGGAUGGUUCGCAUAUACAAACUAAAACCUCCGAAGAACAGGAUCAGGGGCAAGGCCAAGAAAUCAAAAUCGAAUACAACGAGCACGAAAAGAAGUGGAUCAAAAAACAAGAAUCCUUGGCACUGAAUGUCAUAUUGUCUCCUGAUAGGCAAUUUCUUAAUUCAGUUACUGUAUUUGAUAGAUAUAAAAUGUACCUGAGAGCCAUUGGAGAAGGAUUGGCAUAGUUAAGCAUAUUUCUUACAGGAGAAUAACUUCUAUAAGGUCUUAGCACAAACCAAGACCUUUGUGCCCUCCAAUAAGAGUAUGACAAAUCAGCGUGGAACACCAUAACAAAAAAAAAACAUAAACACCUAAUUUAUUCUUAUCAAGAACUCAUACGAGUUAAAACAAAAAAAUCUUCUUAAAUAAACCUUUCAUGUUCUUCUUCCCUAGACCUACUAUCAGCCACCAACUCGUCCCCGGCAAGCCCAAACCGCGCCAGAAACGACACCGGUUGGCCCAAAACUUGCCGGAGACCACGCCGGCCACCCCCUCUCUCUCUCUAUCUCACCGGCAGUCUAUUGCCAGUGCUCCCUUUCCCAUUUCAAAGAUUUGGGUUGAUUGCUUGAUUGCUUAAUUUUCAAGAUUUGAGUUCUCACAUUUCUCUUCUGUCGAACAUGUUGAAAAUCAAGCAAUCAACCCAAAUCUUUGAAAUGGGAGAGGGAGUUCUUCUCUACUGCCGGUGUGUGCGAGAGAGAGAGGGAGAGGAGCACUGACAAGGUUUGGGCCGGCAGGCGUCGUCUAUGGCGCUGUCUGGGCUUGCUGGCAGCGGGUUGGUGGUUAAUAGUGGGUCUAGAGAAGAAGAAGAAGAAAGGUUUAUUGGGGGGCUCAAAGGCCUUGGUUUGUGCUAAGACCUUAUAGAAGUUAUUCUCUCCUUACAUAAAUGCAAAUGAUCGGUCGAAGAUUUUGUACUCUUCUUAGUCUUAACACUUGGGUAGAGCGGAUGGGAGAGAACAAUUUUGGAUUAGUUGUUUGGGCUUGGCGCCUAGGGUUACAUUCAGUGUACAUCUUCUAUGGUCCAUUGAAGGACAGUUUGUGCCUUUUGGUUGGUUUUGAAACCCCAAAGUUAUUAAAGUCGUAGCCAAGAUGAAUCGCCGAUUCACGCGAUAUA